AUGCUCAAACUUUUGAUGUUGUUAACUUUAACAGAGAUAUGUGCCACUCAAAAUGACAUCACUUUAUCAGUGUUUACGGUGACAUCCAAGAGCAUGACAGUGCAAUGGAGUGGCCAUACUGGUGCAAGCUCCUACAAAAUUACAGCGACACCCAAGAACUCUCCGGAGCCAUCUGUCUUCGCUCAGUUCAGCGGAAACUCGGUGAUGGGCUCAGUUAACUCCCUCUCACCAAACACAGUGUACACCAUGCAGGUGGAGGCCAUGGAUAAUGCCCUCAAUGUCCUCGGCAGUGCUGAGACUGAAGAGACCACAGCUCCUGAGGUGCCCAUCAUCGAGCAGGCCUACUCCAAACAGAGCGACAGCAUCACUGUGGAAUUCACUGAGGUUUCUGGCGCAACCAGCUACAUCCUGAGGGCCGAGUCUGAGAUGGGGGAUUUUUUUUCAGAGACCUUGGUAACCAGCUCCCCGGGCACGGUGCUUCAGCUUCAGCCCUACACAGACUACAGCCUCAGUGUUAUGUCCGUCAACUCCGGGGGGCGGAGCCAGCCCUCACGGCCCAUCCAGACCAAGACAGUGGUGGUGGCCCCUGAACUGAACACCUCCUCCCCAAGCAACGACACAAUCCGUGUGACCUGGUCCCCGGUGGAGUACGCUGUCCUCUACACCCUCUGUAUCAUCCGUCAGGGCUCUGACUCACGCCUCAAACUCAACACAACAGAGCCCACAGUGACCUUCGGUGACCUUGAACCAGGGACCGUCUACUGCAUCAAGGGCACAGCCUGGGACCCCGAUGGCCGCCCUGGAGAUGACCUCACUGUCUGUCAGAUCACACGUCCACCAAGUCCAGAAGCAGUCCAUGUCAUGCUGACCCAGGGCCGAUCUCUGGGGAUUUCCGUAAACUGGCAGAUAGUCCAGGGUGCUGAGAUCUACACUGCUCUGUCCAGCAAUGGCCAGAACUGCACCUCAACAGCCGACGGCUACUGCGUCAUCACCCCUCUCGACUGCGGCCAGAACCACUCUGUCACUGUCAUCGCCCACAACCGGGCCGGACCCAGCGACCCAUCCCUACCAGAAGACUUUGUCACAUUCCCGUGUCCCCCGGAGAACAUCUGGGUAGAGGAACAUGAGGCGGGCAGUUGCUGGGUGGCGUGGAGCGUGGUGCCCCUGGUAGAGUACUACAAGGCCUUCAUCAAACGAGACGACGGGGCCGAGGAGUCCUGUAACACCACGGACACCACCUGUCAGUUUCACUGCAUGUGUGGCUACACCUAUCUCACCACUGUCUUUGCCCACAACCAGGCCGGCCCCAGUCCUCAGGGCGAUGUACUCAACUACACCACAAUACCCUGCUGCCCAGAGGAUGUUUCUGUCGAGCUAGUUUCCACAGAGACCCUAGAGAUAAUGUGGUCAUCAGUCCGAGGGGCAGAGCUGUAUGAGACAACAGCGGCGCAGACUGAUGAUGUCAUCCACUGCAAUGACACGGCACCAGUGUGCGCACUGUCAGACCUGAAGUGUAACACAGUUUACUCAGUGGUGGUCACGCCAUGCAGCGAGCUACGGGGCUGUAACCGCACAUGCAAACCACAUUCACACGAAACAGCUCCGUGUUCACCAGAGAUCCUGAAUGUGACCCAGACCAACGCCACAACAGUCAGAGUCUCCUUUACGACCCCCAACUCCCCCAAUGCAACAUACACUGUCACCGCCAUUGGACGCAUUGACACACACACAUGCCACUCACUAUCCACCCCCUGUGAGCUCACACAGCUGCCCUGUGGUACCACAUAUGAGGUCAUUGCAGUCGCCAAUACGGCCACAGGACGGAGUCUACCUAGCUUCAGUGUACCUUUGGAAACAGGUCCCUGCUGUCCCACAUCUCUGAAUGUGGAGCAGGUCACGCAGGCGAUGACCAAUGUGACUUGGUCACCGGGCCACGGGGCUCGCUCCUACAUCACAGCCCUGACAUCCCCGCGGGGACAUGCCAAGUGCCACACCUUGGACACGCAUUGCAUGAUGGGAUGUAUCACCUGUGGAACCAACUACAGCGUGAGCUUGGAAGCCAUCAGCAGCACUGGCCACAAGUCACAUUGCAGCUACCAAGGAUUCUCAUCCAGUGCCUGUUGUCCAACAAGCGUCAAGCUCUAUCGGAUGGCCAACAACUCCCUGAGGGUGUACUGGCGCUCCUCUGGGCUUCCCCAGACCCAGAACCACACGGUGGACCUGUAUGGGACGAGCUCCAACUAUACCUGCAUCCCUGCUACCAGGAGCAGCUCCUGUGAUGUCCAGGAGGUCAUGUGCGGGGACGUCUACACGGUUGUGGUGGCGCCAGUUGGACAGGAUGGGAGCAAAAUCAGCUUCUGUCCACGCAGGAUGUACUCUGUGUCCUGCUCAGGGAGCAAUGUCGGCAUGGUGAUCUAUCGGGGAAAGCGGAGUGUGAAUUAAACACGGGAAACCAUCUGAUGGACAUGGACAUCAUAUGUCUACUGCAAAUGUGAAGAAACAAGAAAGCCAGCUGAAAGACGACGCCUUUAUUUAGUUUGUUGUUAGUGGUAUUUGCAAGACCAAAUCCACUGAAAAGCUAAAAUUCUGAAACUAAAAGUAAGAAUUGAAUAACCCUUUUCCAUAUCACUGAGUGAAAUCCCACAGAGAAUUAUUCUGAUGAUUAUAUAAAUUCAAAGCCCAAUUAUAUACUGUGUCACACAUUGUAUAUGAAACACCUUAGGAUUUCUCCAAGUAGGGAGCCUCCAUAGUGGUUGCUAACCUGUUUCCUCUGGGUUUUUUAACGCUGGUACUUGCGGAACUGAAAGUAGGUUACUGUAAAAGCAGAGCAAUGGGUAUUGAACAUAUUUGCCUGGAGUCUGGCGUGGCCCUUCUAUGGAUGAUAUGUCUGAUCAGAUUGCUGGAGACAGAUUCUGUGUUUUCCCUGCCUUCACUCCAUGUCUCCUUGGUAACUGAUAACACCAAUAAAGA